UGUCACUACAUGCAACAGAUCACCCUUCGACAACAGACGCAUACAGAUGAACAAUCAAACUUAUCGUUAUUAACUCAAAGUUGUGUCAGGAAUAAUGCACGCGCAUGUGACCACCGGCUGGGAUUUACUAAUGCAUCGACAAAGAGAUGAGAGUUUAGCAAGAGAUUCGUUUUUAGACAAACAUUUGAGCUAUUUUUAAAUGUUAGCUUUUAAUACGCCGACAGUUUCUCGUGUUUUUGUGUUUACUAUCGUGCCAGUGCCCGUACAACACGAGGAACAGCGCCAGCAGCAACCUGUAGACAGAGAAAGAAAAAACCGAGGAGUUUCUCCGGUAACAGGUGGUUCUUCGCGCCUCUCACGGUCAUGUUGACGGCGGAAACUCUCUACAGUUGUGCGACUUUUAUAACUGACAGCAGCUGCGCAGGUUUAGAAAGCCAAAAGAGUCACUAGAUAAAAGCCUCUCCAUCGAAAUCUAUGAUCAGCUCGGUGUGUGUUUCGUCGUACCGCGGGCGCAAGUCAGGCAACAAACCUCCUUCUAAAUCAUGUCUGAAGGAAGAGAUGGCCAGAUGCGAAGAUUCGGACAAAAUCAUCAUCAACGUCGGCGGAACGCGCCACGAAACCUACAGGAGCACCCUGAGGACCAUACCGGGCUCCAGACUCGCCUGGCUCGCGGACACGGACAGCCAGGUGAACCCAGACGCAGACACGGGCCAGGCGCACCCGAACAGCGAGUUCUUUUUUGACCGACACCCGGGAAUAUUCGCCUAUGUACUGAACUACUACAGAACUGGCAAGCUUCACUGCCCGGCGGACGUGUGCGGCCCUCUGUUCGAGGAGGAGUUGGCGUUUUGGGGCAUCGACGAGACGGACGUGGAGCCCUGCUGCUGGAUGACCUACCGCCAGCACAGGGACGCAGAGGAGGCGCUGGACAUAUUCGAGCCGCCGGAUCCGGAGGACGCGGAGGAUGACCAGGACAUGCCUAGACGCUUCGGCAUUGAGGACAGCCCUAACCGCUCAAGGGGAUGCUGUGAAGUUUGGCAACCAAAAAUAUGGGCGCUCUUUGAAGAUCCCUAUUCUUCGCGUGCUGCCAGGGUAAUUGCCUUCGUCUCUCUCUUUUUCAUCCUGGUGUCCAUCACUAACUUCUGCCUAGAGACCCACGAGGCCUUUUUUGAGUUUCACAAUCACACCGAUACAAAAUCUGCUACCAACAGCACCACCAUCAUCCAGGUUAUGGAUACCAAACCGGUGCUCACGGUGGUGGAGGGAAUCUGCGUGGUGUGGUUUACCUUCGAGUUCCUGGUCCGCAUCAUAUGUUGCCCAAACAAGCUCCUGUUCAUUAAGAACCAGCUGAACAUCAUAGACUUUGUUGCCAUUCUGCCCUUCUAUCUGGAGAGGAGUUUGAUUGGAAACACCUCCAAAGCUGCCAAGGAUGUCCUGGGGUUUCUGCGCGUGGUCCGUUUUGUCCGCAUCCUACGGAUCUUUAAGCUCACGCGGCACUUUGUGGGUCUCAGGGUUCUCGGGCACACCCUGAGAGCGAGCGUCAAUGAGUUUUGCCUGCUCAUCAUCUUUCUUGCUCUCGGGGUACUCAUCUUCGCCACCAUGAUCUACUACGCCGAGCGUAUCAGCGCAGAUCCGGAUGAUCCUAGUGGCUGCAACCACACGCAUUUUAAGAACAUUCCCAUCGGCUUCUGGUGGGCAGUGGUCACCAUGACGACACUAGGUUAUGGGGACAUGGUUCCUAAGACGUGGCUUGGCAUGAUAGUGGGUGCGUUAUGUGCUAUAGCAGGCGUGCUUACUAUCGCCAUGCCAGUGCCUGUUAUCGUUAACAAUUUUGGGAUGUACUACUCGCUGGCAAUGGCCAAGCAGAAGCUGCCCAAGAAGAAGAAGAAGCACAACCCAAACCCAGGUAUGGUGAUGGACUCUGGCUCAUUUGGGAAGUCUGAAAGCAACUCGCCACGGAACAGCACACAGAGCGACACAUGUCCCCUUGCUGCGGAGGAGAACAUCACAAGAAACCGCUCAGAUUCAAAGCAGAAUGGCGAUGCAACCGUAACUCUUUCAGAAGAGGAGGGCUGUAGUCUGACCCAACCGCUUUCUCCUGGAGAGAGGUGGACCCUCCGAUGUUCACGCAACAGAGACAAGAACAUGAAGGAUGCAACCUGCUUUCUUCUGAAUUCUGGGGACUUUUCUUGUGGAGCCGAACCCACAAUCCACACAGAGAGCUGUAAGGAUGCGCUCACUUCUCCAGCAAACUACACUCAAGCAGAAGUGACCACGCUGACCUGAGGCCGUUUGUGCUGAUAGUGACUCGUCUGAGGUUCAUUUCACCAAUCAUUCAUUUUCUCAUCAAUCAUGCAUCACCUGUCACGGUCAACAAUGCAGAACAUUUCUAGUCAAACCAUCACACUCUUCUCUUCUGUCCAUUUUCAAGCUGCCAGGCAUGUAUUUGCAUGCUAGAGUGUACUUUUGGUCAAAAAUUAACUGUAAUGUAUUUCUAUAUUUAGGGCACAUUAACUGAAGAAGUGAUGUUCUGAAAACCCCAUUAAAGGUGUAUAGAAUGCUUUAAAUGCAAUCCUAGUAACUGUCAAAACAGUGAUUUUUAGUUUUUGAAAGAACAAACCUACUCUAAUUAAGAAAACUGUGGUGUCUCUAAUUUUUCUAUCACUAAGCCAGCAACAUUUCUGUUUUUAUAUACAAGAUUCUCAAAUAAAUUGAUAAGAUUGUCUAUCCAAAGGUCUAGAUAUGCUAAUGUUUGGGGUUGGUAAGCCUUUUCAAACAUUUAUUAUGCUCAUCGAGACCUAAAAAUAGUAAUAUUGUGAAAUUUUAAUAGAAUUUUCAUUAACCGUUUUCUGUUUUAAUAUACUUCAAUUAUGUACACUACAUGACAGAAGUCUUGUCGCCUAUCCAAGAUUUCGGAACAACAAAUAAUACUCGACUUCUAGUUGAUCAUUUGGUAUCAGAGUUGGCUUAUAUGAAGCCUCUAGAUUACACUUAUUUUACCAAAAUAAAAUAUGAUCAUGCCUUGAUUUUUAAUUAUUUAAUUAGGACAGUAAGGUCUGACUUUGUUUAGACAAAAGACUUGUCACUUAACAGAAAUAAUGUACAGUAUAGAAUAUUAAGUCAUGGAGCAGUGGAAAAAGAAUUAAUAUUGUAUAUGACUCCCAUGAGCUUGGAGGACUACAUCCAUACAUCUCUGUAAUGACUCAAAUAACUUAUUAAUAAAGUCAUCUGGAAUGGCAAAGAAAGAGUUCUUGCAGGACUCCCAGAGUUCAUCAAGAUUCUUUGGAUUCAUCUUCAAUGCCUCCUCCUUUAUCUUACCCCAGACAUGCUUAAUAAUGUUCAGACCUGGUGACUGGGCUGGCCAAUCCUGGAGCACCUUGGCCUUCUUUGCUUUAAGGAAUUUUGAUGUGGAGGCUGAAGUAUAAGAAGGAGCGCUAUCCUGCUGAAGUAUUUGUCCUCUUCUGUGACGUAAUGGGCUGCACAAAUGUCUUGAUACCUCAGGCUGUUAAUGUUGCCAUCCAUUCUUCAGAUCUCUCGCACACCCCUAUACUGAAUGCAACCCCAACCCAUGAUUUUUCCUUCAUCAAACUUGACUGAUUUCUAUGAGAAUCUUGGGUCCAAGCAGGUUCCAAUAGGUCUUCUGCAGUAUUUGUGAUUGUGAUGCAGUUCAACAGAUGAUUCAUCAGAAAAAUCGACCUUCUGACGCUUUUCCAAAUGAUCAACUAGAAGUCAAGUUAUUAUUUGUUGCUCUUACAACUGGGAUCGAUGACAAGAGUUAAGUCAGGUAGUGUACCAACAUCAGUAAUCACAACAUGAUUCAGAAAUUAUUCUAAUAGGUUGAUUUGCUGCUCAAGAAACAUGUAUUAAUUACAUCAAUGUUAAAAAAAUGUUGUGCUGCUUAAUAUUUUUAUGAAAACAUUGAUACAUUUUUUCAGGAUUCUUUUAGAAAUACAUAGUUUAUUUGGAAUAUUAUUCAUUCGUAAACAUUUAAAUGUUUAUUUUUCUGUCUCAUCUGAUCAUCUAAACAUGAAUUAUUGAUCAAUACACCUAUCAAUUUUUUGUUUCCAACAAAAGAAAGAAAUCCUGCUGACCCCAAACUAUUGAAGAGCUUUGCAGAUAAAGAUCUAUAAAACAUUUCUCCCCCCAGCUUGACUUUAUUUGGACAAACGCAGAAAGCAGUCUGUGCCUGUACAGUAUCUUUCCAGAGAUCACAGGCCAACUAUCACAACUGAAGAAAUGGCCUGUUUAUCAUUUUACAAAGAACGCAUGAGCAACAAUCUUCAAAAAAAAGUUUCACCAAAGUAUUUUAAUUUAAAAGGGAAAUAAAUCAAACAAGUACAUAAAUAUUCACCAAAGAGCACAGUGGCAGCUGCAUGCUUUUCCAACCAUUGUUUUCUGUUAUGCAAAUUACACCAAGUCCUGCAUCUGACAUCAUCAGCCAUUAAAAUCCAUAACAUCGCUGGUUGAGAUGGGACCAAAUUGAGAAAGCUUUCUAUGUGUGUCAGUUAACUGUAUUCUAACCUUCUUUUGCGAGUACUUGCUGUAUAGCCUGUCCAAGUUGUGCCUACUGUCUUGUAAUACUACUAAUUCUAAAUAACAACACUUGUUAAGAGAGGCUGAUAUUGUUGAGAGGUCAAUCAUGUUUGCACAGACAAAAAAAAAUCUUUUUUGUGUGAGACUUUUUCUGGUAUGUUGUCUGCCAUAGUUGCCUUAUGUUUCAUACCAGUGCAACGCCAUGCUCUUUAGACCAGAACAUGCAUCAUGUAAAUAUCAAUACUACUGUAUGUAGCGGAGUAUCACUACUGUAUCUAGCAAGACGAUGCAUUCACUGUCUAGUUAUACAGAUCGUUUUCAUAAUGGUUCAACAGUAUUUGCCUUUAGCCAGUAAUCGUGACUUUGUCUGUGUGUUUCAGGGGUGAUGUAACAUACUAAAUAAAGAGGCUUCUAUACCAAA